CACGCACACACAAAAACAGAUAGACACGGGACAACCUCCGCCGCUGAGAGUUUUCGUGCGCUUGUGCCAUCCUCUUCCUCCGCUGCGUACAGUGGUACGGGCGUACGGCUCUAUCGACAGACGAACAUGGACAUGGACUUCAAUGGAGACGCCGACAGCUUCGCCCUCGACUUCAUCCGCGACCUCAUGCUCGGCGGCGACAGCAGCAUCCCCGUGCCCAGCCCUGUCGCCGCUUCUUCCGACGACGUCACCUGCCCCGUCCUGCCACCUCAACUGGAGUUCCAGUCCGUUUCGUUCUUACCGCACCAACAGCGUCAAGGCUACAUAGACCUGACGACGUCCGAGUGCGUGGGAGCUGCUCCGGCCGCCGCAACUGUCGUUGGCGAGGCGGUGUUCCGGGCGCAGGAGCCGGCGCCACCAGUGAUGAUAAAGUUUGGGACCGAGCCGUCGUCGCCCUUGGCCACCACGAGGCAGCCGCUCACCAUCUCCGUGCCCCCGAGCUCGUACGCCUGGGCCGCCGUCGAGGACUACCGCAAGUACCGCGGCGUCCGUCAGCGGCCAUGGGGCAAGUACGCGGCGGAGAUCCGCGAUCCGAAGCGCCGCGGCUCGCGCGCGUGGCUCGGCACGUACGACACCCCCGUGGAGGCCGCGCGCGCCUACGACCGCGCCGCGUUCCGCAUGCGCGGCGCCAAGGCCAUCCUCAACUUCCCCAACGAGGUCGGCACCCGCGGCGCUGACCUCUGGGCGGCCCCGACGGCGAACAAGCGGAAGCGGCAGCAGAUGGUGGAGGGCGAGGACGACCCCGAGCCCGAGGUCGAGGUGGUCCCGAUGGUGAACAAAGCGGUCAAGACCGAGGCGCAGUCGUCGAUGACGACCCAGGCGUCCUCCCCCUCGCCGUCGUCGACGGUGGCGUCGACUACAACUGGGACAACCGGAGGUGCCGGGUGGCUCCCUGUGACACCGUCGAGCGGGAGCUCGGAGCAGUACUGGGAGACGUUGCUCCGAGGUCUGCCGCCGCUCUCGCCGCUGUCACCGCACCCAGCCUUGGGGUUUCCGCUGCUCAGCGUAAACUAAACCGCCCGAGACUGCCUGCUAAUGCUAGCGUUACCGCAGACUGACGGCACGCGCGGGUGUUCUCAAGACUGUAAAUUUGCAAGGGGCUGGACCACCAAGUUUGUUUUUAGAUAAAGAAAGCUUAUAUUGAAGAUAUCAAGUCAUUACAUU